UUUCGGUUUCUAGGCGUCUCCAUUUUGCGGACUCUAAGGCACGCAGUGAAGUCUCUGAGACCUGAGCCUCCCAAGCAGCCACUUAGGGCCGGACGGUUCUCUUGAACAUUAACAAAGGAAUGCGGUAGAACAAAGGCCAUUGGUAUCCACAGUAAAUUCUGGAAAGCUGGAAGUAAAUUCAAGGACUAUAAUAAAUCCCUCGGGUUCAGUUAAACCUGAAGUCGCCUCAGCAAGAAUUCAAGAUGGAGUAACCUCUGUACUGUCUUGCCCUGUCACACCAUCAGCGCCUAGCUGGUUUUGGAAUCCAGCAAUGGCCACGACUCAGUGUUGGUGGAAUGACAGGCGUUCACAUCUUCUCGGAGCCCUUCUCUUUGGUCACACUCGGGGGGAUUCUGCCCCUGCAAGAGUACUCUGGCGAUGUUCUUAGCGACGUCCUGGGAGAGUACCGUCGCACCUCACUGCUGAACCUGUUGGGCUUGCUGGGCACGUCACCUGGCUAGCAGCUUGGGCCAGCUCCGCAGGCUGACUUUCCAGGACGCCUACUGAAGAGGCCGCUUCUAUUUGUGUUCUUUCCAGGGUCCUGUUCGAUCCAAUUUUCUGGAGGUCUCUAGCGAAGACAAGCGACAAAGUCACUGUUGAGUGGGAUGGGCCAGCGACCGCCCGGUAGUGUCUCUAUUGCAAGAACUCUGAAAGAAAUGAAGAGAGCCCUCAGCAAUGAUGUUGGCUUCUCGUGGUUCCCGGAUCCCUGCUGAGUGGAUGGAGGCUGGAGGAGACCCUGGCUGCUGUGGUUCUGAACAUGGCCCUGAGCCCUGUGUCUGCUGAGGUCAUUCACCAGGUGGAGGAGUCUCUUGAUGAGGAUGAGAAGGAGAUGAUGCUCUUCUUGUGUAGAGAUGUGACUGAGAACCUGGCUCCACCUAACGUCAGGGACCUCCUGGAUACCUUAAGUGAGAGAGGCCAGCUCUCUUCUGCUGCCUUGUCUGAACUGCUCUACAGAGUGAGGCGGUUUGACCUGCUCAAGAGGAUUUUGAAGACAGACAAAGCAGCCGUGGAGGAAUACCUGUGCAGAAACCCUCACCUUGUUUCUGAUUAUAGGGUGCUGCUGAUGGAGAUUGGAGAAAAUUUGGACCAAUCUGAUGUAUCCUCCUUAAUUUUCCUUACAAGGGAUUACACAGGCAGAGGCAAAGUAGCCAAGGACAAGAGUUUCUUGGAUCUGGUGAUUGAACUGGAGAAACUGAAUCUGAUUGCUUCAGAUCAAUUGAAUUUAUUAGAAAAAUGCCUGAAGAACAUCCACAGAAUAGACUUGAAGACAAAAAUCCAGAAGUACACGCAGUCCGGCCAAGAAGCAAGAUCAAAUAUGAAUAGUCUCCAGGCUUCUCUCCCAAAAUUGAGUGUCAAGGAACAAUUCUAUAACUCAAGGCUCCAGAAUGGGCUGAGUAAAGAGCCAAGAUCUGUGGAACACCGUGGCAUUCAAAGAAACCCGGUGAAGACAUCCAUUCAGGAAUCAGGAGCUUUUCUACCUCCGCACAUACAUGAAGAGAGUUACAGGAUGCAGAGCAAGCCCCUAGGAAUCUGCUUGAUCAUCGAUUGUAUUGGCAAUGACACAGAAUAUCUUCAAGAGACCUUCACUUCCCUGGGCUAUCGUGUCCAGCCUUUCUUGUUUCCCAGGUCGCAUGAAAUACCCCAGAUUAUUCGCCGAUUUGCCUGUAUGACCCAGCAUCAAGACUAUGACAGCUUCGUAUGUGUUCUGGUGAGCCGAGGAGGCUUCCAAAGCAUGAUGGGUACAGAUGACCUGCACUCAGGGUUCUCCUUGGAUUGUGUCAAGAACAUGUUCACGGGGGACACGUGCCCUUCUCUCAGAGGAAAACCAAAGCUCUUUUUUAUUCAAAACUAUGAGUCAUUAGGUAGCCACUUGGAAGAUAGCAGCCUGGAGGUAGAUGGGCCAGCAAUAAAAAAUGUGGACUCUAAGCCCCUGCAUGCCAGACCCUGCACAACUCACCCAGAAGCUGAUAUCUUUUGGAGCCUGUGCACAGCAGAUGUAUCUCACUUGGAGAAGUCCUCCAGCUCUUCCUCUGUGUAUCUGCAGAAACUCUCCCAGCAGCUGAAGCAAGACAGGAAACGCCCACUCGUGGAUCUCCAUGUUGAACUCAUGGACAAAGUGUAUGCCUGGAACAGCGGCGUGUCUUCUAAGAAGAAAUACAAUCUCAGUCUGCAGCACACUCUGAGAAAGAAACUCAUCCUGUCUCAUACAUGAAAACCCAAAGCCUUCUGAGUUCUUGGUAUAUCAUCUAGGGUGGCUUGGAGCUGGCAAACCUCCUGAUUGCUUGGGAGCAGACCUUGAAGCUUACAGCUGCUUCUAGCUCUAGCAUGAGUCCUGGCUUCUGGUUCUCCUGUGCACAGGCAUGAUCUCUAAACUCCUACCACCUCUCACUCCAGGCCCCACGCCUUUACCACAAUGAUGGACUGAAUCCUCUAAAACUAUGAGGCACAGUAAACUUACCUGCUUACAUUUCUUAGUCAGAUGUUCUCCACAGCGUGGACAUAAACCUAUUAUUUUGGGAGGAUUUAUCUACCAAGUUAUACUAAGUUAAUGUAUGAGUGUAUAGUAGUAUAAUUCACAAUUUGAAUAGUGACACUGAAUGUAACUUGAGACUUAUCUGAGUUCGUCGUGUGACUAGGUACAUUGUUUCUAUGGCUAAAGUAUGCAUAUCUAAUCACUUAGUAGGUUAUUAGCUCAUUAAGUUAUUAGAAGUACCCAUUGCUUCAGGACUUUCACAUUUGCCACAUUUGCCUCCGAUUCCUGUGACCUGGUUCCACAUUUAUAUUCUUUUUCUGCAAAGACAAAUUUCAUUAUGUAUGUUUAAUAUUCAUAGUACAAUGCUUUGUAACGCAUAUAGACAGAAAAACCAUGAGCACGGGAGAGCUGGCCCUGAUCCUCACCAGCUAUGCGAUGGCGUGGGUGAAGGAGAACUAGCCCUGCUCCUUGAAGGUUGUAGCACUUGGGAGAGUAGCUAGCACCUUGCCUGGGCAGCACAGUAGAGCCAGCCCCAAGAGCACAACAGUGAAUGGGAGAGCUCUUCCUGGUUGGCUAAGGAACAGGAGAACAGGUGAGCUGACCAACUUGGCUACCAUCCAGGGUUUUGAGUUGGCCUGCCCCAGCAUCUACGUCAUCUGUGAUCUGCUGGAGCAUGUGAAGGGGCUGGUCCUGCAGAACUAAAGCUGAAGGAGCUCCAUGACACAGGGCAACAAUGGGGAAUCUAAGAAGGGUCCCAGUGAGGAUCCAGUAUUUAUAGUGUACCGGAAGCCAGAGGCGUCAAGCCACACCAAUGACUCAAUGCAAUGAACAUUUGUAAGUAAAGAUGUGUGGACACACGGGUAUACUGUGGGACACACUGUGACACACAGGUGCUUUUAUGGAGAUUUUUUUAUUUUUUGGUUUUUAUUUUUGGUUUUCUUUGGCAGGGACAGAUUACAGAUUACAGAGGGCUGGAGAGAUGAGUGGGAUUGGGGUGUACAAUGUAGAAUUCUCAAAGAAUCAAAAAAGCUAAAAAAAAAAUGGUUGCAUGGUGAAACAGAUUGUCUUAUUUAUAAUUUAUAUAGCCAGCUUUCUGUGACAAGAGCAGGUAGAAUUUAUUUAUUUAUUAAAUACUUUUGCAAUGUGCAUAGUAGCAAAAGUCCUGUCAUACUAGUACUAUCAUGGGCAAGGCCAAAGGGUCGCAUGUUCUGAGCCAGUCUAGGUAUGUAGUAGCUGUGUAAUGAGGUUGUGGGUGUGUGUGUUUGUGAGAGAGAGGAGAGAGAAAAAUUCCAGUGCAUCCAACACAAUAUAACUUUAUUAGCUGCUAUAAAACAUGAUUAUUUUACUUCUGCCUACUCUUGAGUAACCUAAUUCUAUAAUCUCUAUCUGUAUUUAAGAAUAGUAGUCAAGGCCGGGCGGUGGUGGCGCACGCCUUUAGUCCCAGCACUUGGGAGGCAGAAGCAGGCUGAUUUCUGAGUUUGAGGCCAGCCUGGUCUGCAGAAUGAGUUCCAGGACAGCCAGGGCAAUACAGAGAAACGAUGUCUCA